CCCAGCUGACCCUAUGCCCAUUCCAGCAGCUCGCUGUGCCUCGGUUUCCCCUUCCCGGGGCCCCACCCAGGCCUGCGACGGAUGCGGCAGAAGCACCCGGAAGGAGGGGCCCUGGGGGAGCCGCUCCGGCUGACCCAGCCGUCCCCAUCCCACGUGGUGGACGAGAAGAUCCCGCGGCUCCGCUGCCGGAUGUCGGGGAGCAACAUCACCAGCCACGUCCUGUCCUGGUACCACCAGCCCCCCGGGCAGGGCCCCGUCUUCCUGCUGAGCCACCGGGCCGGGGAGAACAAGCCCGUCUACGGGGCCGGCGUCUCCGAGCGCUUCAUCGCCGACCUGGAGCGCGCCACCAACUCCUUCAGCCUCACCGUCGGCAACGUGAAGCCCGCCGAUGCCGGCACGUACUAUUGCGCCGUCUGGUACGCCAACCGGUACCUCUUCGGAGAGGGCACCCGCCUGCUCCUGGGAGGUGACCCCGGGAAGCAGCGCCCGCCGGAGGUGGCGUUGCUGGGCCCGGCGUGGGCGGCCGGCCCGGCCUUCCUGUGCCUGGCCUGGGGGUUCUCCCCGGAGCCGGUCCGGCUGCGCUGGCAGGUGGACGGGCAGGAGCCGGGCCCUGGGGAGGCCUCCCCGCCGGCGGAGGGCCGGGAUGGGGCAGGAGCCGCCAGCGUGCUCAGCCUCCUGCCCCGGGCCUGGCUGGACGGAGCCCAGGUGACCUGCCGGGUGGAGCACGAGACCCGGGUCCAGCAGAGCAGCGCCAAGCUGAAGGGGGCCGGGCGGCAAGGUUGCUUGGUAUCCCCCAGAGACCCUGUCUCGCCGCCCGACCCUCUCGGCAAUGGGACCUCGGGGAGCGCCGCCCCCCAGAGCACCGGGGCCCCGAGCCUGGGCCGGAUCCUGAUGACGGCCUGGUGGUGCUACCUGGGGUCGCUGGCCGCCAGCUGCCUCUACGGCCUGGGGGUCUCCCUCCUCGUGGGGCUGCGGGAGCUGCGGGGGCAGCAGGAACCCAGGCGUCCGGGGCCACCCCCACCCCCUCCAGGAGCCUGGCAGAGAGCGCCCCGAAGGAGAGCCGGCGAGGAGCGCCGCUUCAAAUGAGACUCCCCGGCCCCCCCACUGGUCCCCCCCGUACUCCCCGCCUGGGGACCGGGAACGCCCCUGCACUGGCCCCCCCCAGCCCCCACCCUGGCUGUCCCAUGCCAGCUGGAGAGCUGACCCCACUCAGCCCCUGCUAACC